ACAAUCACUCACUUUAUUCCGUGCCAGGAACUGUAACCUGAGUAGGGUGGUAAACCUACAAAGAAGAAAUUUGAAAUUUUCUCGGUUGUUUUAUAUUUUAGUACGUUAAAUCAUAGCACACUAAAACAAUAAAAUGCAUUUUAAAUCUCCUUUGUUUUAAAAUUUACAUCAUAAGUAUUUUAUAAAUCUUGGAACUACCAUCUGACCUAAGUUGGUUCGUAGUUAUAAAUAUUUCAACCAUAUACCAUUCUCGAAAAGUUUUAUGAAAAUAUUGAAUAACAUUUUAUUGAAAUUCUUUCCAGGAAUUUCAUCAAUAGUCGGGGUAAAAUUUGAAAUGGAUCACAGCCGAUUUUUUAAAAAUCCCUAUGAGGACUUUUCCCCUCAAUCAGCCACAAAAUUCUUAAAUGGAAAACAGUUUAAAAGUGAUUUGGUUUCCCAUGUUCAAAAACUAGAUGGAGUACUAUUGGACAAAAUUCAAAAAAAUAUCAAUAGAAUAAGUUUCAGUGAAGAUUAUACAAUUUAUGUUGGAUAUUGUGGAAUAGCUCUUCUAUAUCUUCUGAAAUAUAAAAGAACUAAUGAUACAAUUUUUUUACAAAAGGCCAAAGGUUUGACUGAAAAAGGACUCUCGCAGCUUAGACAAGAUGAUAUUAGCUUCCUUUUGGGAGAUGCAGGUCCUUUGGCCUUAGCUGCAGUUGUUAAUUUUAAAUUGGGAGAUCAACAGCACACCAGACAAUGUAUACAAAGAUUGAUUGAUUUACCUACUAAAGUUAAUUCAUCUCCUCCAUACGAGCUACUAUAUGGUAGAGUUGGUUAUUUGUAUGCUCUGUUGUUUGUGGAAAAUGAGAUUGGGCCUAUUAUACCAGUUGAAGUCAUAAAGGAUUGUAUUGAAGCAAUUAUUAAAGGAGGACAAGCUAAAGCUCAAUCUACUAAUUUUCCUGCCCCUCUCCAGUAUGAGUGGUACAACACAAACUAUUUAGGAGCAGCUCAUGGAGUAGCUGGUAUCUUAUAUGUUCUACUUUGUGCCAAUCAAUUUCUUACUGAAGUUCAAAGACAGCAAAUAAUUAAACCUACUAUAGAUUGGUUAAAAGAAAAUCGUUUUCCAAGUGGUAACUUCAAAUCAAGCUAUGGUAGAGACAGAGAUUCAUUAGUGCAUUGGUGUCAUGGAUCUCCAGGAUUUGUUUAUCUUUUUAUGUUGGCCCACAAGGUAUAUAAUAAUCAAGAAUAUAAAGACUUAGCUUUACAAUGUGGUGAUGUUGUGUGGCAUAGAGGAAUAUUGAAGAAAGGUUAUUCAAUUUGCCAUGGUGUUUCUGGAAAUGCUUAUACAUUCUUAUAUCUUUACAAAACUACAAGAGACUUAAAGUACCUGUAUCAAGCUGCGUGUUUCCUUGAUUGGUGUACAACUUACCCAAUGAAUGAAGGAAGGAAGCCUGAUACGCCUUAUUCCUUAUUUGAAGGUAUUGCUGGCUUGGAUUACUUUCUUACUGACGUGCUAAAUCCAGAAGACGCGAAUUUCCCUGCAUUUGCCCUUCUUUAAAAUAUGUGUACCUUAAUUUUACAUCAAAUAAAUCUAAUUUAUGAUAAUGUGC